GUAAAGAGAGCUGGGCUCUGGGACGCUGGGGCGGAGAAGGCGACCUGGAGCGGUGGGGACGCUCUCGGCACUGUGGCGCAAGAACUCCGUUGGCAGCCGCAGGCGACCCGGAGCAGAGCCAUGGCCCUGAGCGAGCUGGCGCCGCUGCGAUGGCUGCGGGACAGCAGCCACUCGCGCAAGCUGAUUCUGUUCAUCGUGUUCCUCGCGCUGUUGCUGGACAACAUGCUGCUCACCGUGGUAGUCCCCAUUAUCCCCAGUUACCUGUACAGCAUUAAACAUGGGAAAAAUACUACGGAAAUCCAGACCACUGGGCCAGUGCUCACAACUUCCACCCCUGGAAGCUUCCAGAACAUCUUCUCUUACUAUGACAACUCUGUCAUAGUCACCGGGAAUGCCACUGGCGACCUCCCAGGUGGACAGCCACACAAGGUUACCACCACACAGCGUAUGGUGACCAACACAUCCACUGUCCCCUCCGACUGUCCCAGUGAAGACAAAGACCUCCUGAAUGAAAAUGUGCAAGUUGGGCUGCUGUUUGCCUCCAAAGCCACUGUCCAGCUCCUGACCAACCCAUUCAUAGGACUGCUGACCAACAGAAUUGGCUACCCAAUCCCCAUGUUUGCUGGGUUCUGCAUCAUGUUUAUCUCAACAGUGAUGUUUGCCUUCUCCAGCAGCUAUGCUUUCCUGCUGAUCGCCAGGUCCCUGCAGGGAAUCGGUUCCUCUUGCUCAUCCGUGGCUGGGAUGGGCAUGCUGGCCAGCGUGUAUACAGAUGAUGAGGAGAGGGGUAACGCCAUGGGGAUUGCUUUGGGGGGCCUGGCCAUGGGGGUCCUAGUGGGACCCCCCUUCGGAAGUGUGCUCUAUGAGUUUGUGGGGAAGACGGCUCCUUUCCUGGUGCUCGCCACCUUGGUGCUCUUGGAUGGAGCCAUCCAGCUCUUUGUGCUCCGGCCAUCCCGAGUGCAGCCAGAAAGUCAGAAGGGGACACCCCUCACUACCCUGCUGAAAGACCCGUACAUCCUCAUUGCGGCAGGCUCCAUCUGCUUUGCAAACAUGGGGAUAGCCAUGCUGGAGCCUGCCCUGCCCAUCUGGAUGAUGGAGACCAUGUGUUCCCGAAAGUGGCAGCUGGGCAUUGCUUUCUUGCCGGCAAGUAUCUCUUAUCUCAUUGGAACCAAUAUUUUUGGGAUACUCGCACACAAAAUGGGAAGGUGGCUUUGUGCUCUCCUGGGGAUGAUAAUUGUUGGAAUCAGCAUUUUAUGUAUUCCUUUUGCAAAAAAUAUCUAUGGACUCAUCGCUCCCAACUUUGGAGUAGGUUUUGCAAUUGGGAUGGUGGACUCCUCCAUGAUGCCCGUCAUGGGUUACCUGGUUGACCUGCGCCACGUGUCUGUCUAUGGGAGCGUCUACGCCAUCGCAGACGUGGCCUUUUGUAUGGGGUAUGCUAUCGGUCCCUCCGCUGGUGGUGCCAUUGCAAAAGCAAUUGGCUUUCCGUGGCUCAUGACAAUUAUUGGGAUAAUUGAUAUUGCUUUUGCUCCGCUCUGCUUUUUUCUUCGAAGUCCACCUGCUAAGGAAGAGAAAAUGGCUAUCCUCAUGGACCACAACUGCCCCAUUAAAACAAAAAUGUACACUCAGAAUAAUGUCCAGUCGUAUCCCAUUGGCGACAAUGAAGAAUCUGAGAGUGACUGAGACCCUCUAAAAUCGCCAAAUGUUUAACUGUGUCCAAGUGUUUCCAGUGAGAUGACUCAUGCAGAACUGCCUUAGUCACAGCAUCCAUUCCUGGCACAGAGUGAAACAACCAAAGGUGAUACUUUCUUUUCCAUGGUUAUGACCGACUGCCAACAGCCUUAUAAAGAAAAAGCAGCUUUUCUAGGGGUUUGUAUAAAUAGUGUUCAAAACUUUAUUUUAUCUAUUUGAUUUUUAUUAAAUAUUAUACAAUAUAUUUUGACGAAAUAGGUAUACUGUAAAUGUAUAAAUAUUUGAAUCCAAAUCAAAUAUAAUUUUUUAACUUACAUUCACGAACACUUGGACAAAAAAAAAUCUUGUAUUUUUUUUCUGAGUACUGGUAAUGAGUGUUUAAAGCACACAUUAUCUGAGACUCGCCAACAAGAAACUAGAAGUCUGACAAACAGAAUCAUGUAAGACAACGCGUUGUGCAGCAACACUG